AUGGGUCUUAGAGACACCAUAAAAGAAGAAAAUAAGUCAUCAAAUCAAAAUUGUGCACGAGCAAUGAUAUUCUUGCGUCAUCAUCUUGACGAGAUUCUGAAAAUCGAAUAUCUGAAAGUUAAGGAUCCACUUGUUUUGUGGAAAAACCUAAAAGAAAGAUUUGACCACUUGAAGAUGGUCAUACAUCCAAAGGCACGAUAUGAUUGGAUGCAACUAAGACUACAAGACUUUAAGUCUAUACAUGAGUGCAAUUCUACCAUGUCCAGAAUCACUUCUCAAUUGAAAUUAUGUGGAGAAACAGUUAUUGAGAUUGACAUGAUGGAAAAUACGCGUGGAAAAGGUCGCGGUCCUAAUCGUGAUCGUGGACAUGAUCGUGGACGUGGACGUGGUCGUAAUCGUGAUUAUGGUCAAGAACGUAAUUCUAUUCCUGGUAUUAAUCAUUCAUCAAAUAAAAAGGAAAAAAGAAAGGAUGAGAAACGUGAAGCAACUAGGGAAGGUUGUUUUCGAUGUGGUGGAAGAGGUCAUUAUGCACGUGAUUGUCGUACUCCCAAACACUUGGUUGAGCUUUAUCAAGAAUCACUAAAGAAGAAAGAGAAAAAUUCCGAGGUAAAUUUUGUCUCUGAAAAUCAAGUUGACAUCACGCACUUGGAUGUAGAAGAUUUCUUCGCACAUCCUGAAGGAAAGAUAAAUCACUUAAUUAGUGAUGGUUCUGUAAACAUGGAAGAGUGA